CCGGGUGAGGGGGAAGGAGAAGGAGGGCACGGCACGGCACGGCGGCGGAGGCGGCUCACGCCCUGCUGAAGGCGAACGGCGGCGGGGGUGGCGGGGCACAGCAUGGCGGCGCACCUGAAGAAGCGGGUGUAUGAGGAGUUCACUAAGGUCGUCCAGCAGCACGAAGAGAUCUCCGCCAAGAAGCUGCGGCUGACCAAGCCCAGUAAAUCGGCGGCGCUCCACGUAGAUCUGUGUAAGGCCACUUCGCCGGCAGAUGCUCUGCAGUAUCUGCUUCAGUUUGCCAGGAAACCAGUGGAGGCGGAAAGCGUGGAAGGAGUUGUCAGGAUCUUGCUGGAGCAUUACUACAAGGAGAACGAUCCCUCUGUGAGAUUGAAGAUUGCUUCCUUGCUAGGUUUGUUAUCGAAGACGGCAGGAUUUUCUCCAGACUGCAUUAUGGAUGAUGCAAUUAACACGCUUCAAAAUGAGAAGUCCCACCAAGUUCUUGCUCAACUGCUUGAUACCCUGUUGGUGAUUGGGACGAAACUCACAGAGAACCCAGCUGUCAGAAUGAGACUGCUAGACGUAGCCUGCAAGUAUCUGACGGACUCCUCCCAUGGUGUCAGAAACAAGUGCCUCCAACUGAUUGGUUAUCUUGGAUCUGUGGAAAAAGGUGCCACAAAAGAAGCUGAAAGCCUGGCUACCAAAGAUGUCCAGAAGAUAAUAGGGGACCACUUUAUUGAUCAGGACCCUCGUGUUAGGACUGCAGCUAUAAAAGCGAUGCUGCAGCUACAUGAAAGAGGAUUAAAAUUGCAGCAGACUAUUUACAGUCAGGCUUGCAGAUUGCUCUCAGAUGAUUAUGAACAGGUACGCAGUGCUGCCGUUCAGUUGAUCUGGGUCCUCAGUCAGCUGUAUCCUGAGAGCAUUGUCCCAAUUCCUUCUUCCAAUGAAGAAAUUCGCUUAGUUGAUGAUGCAUUUGGAAAAAUAUGUCAUAUGGUCAGUGAUGGCUCAUGGGUUGUUAGAGUGCAAGCUGCUAAGCUGUUGGGAUCUAUGCAGCAAGUUAGUUCCCAUUUCUUGGAGCAGACACUUGACAAGAAGCUGAUGUCAGAUCUGAGGAGGAAGCGCACUGCACAUGAACGAGCCAAAGAGCUCUACAGCUCUGGGGAGUUUUCAAGUGGCAGAAAAUGGGGAGACGAUGCACCCAAAGAAGAAAUAGACACAGGCGCUGUGAACUUGAUUGAAUCGGGAGCUUGUGGGGCUUUUGUUCAUGGCCUGGAAGAUGAAAUGUAUGAGGUUCGGAUUGCUGCAGUUGAGGCCCUCUGUAUGCUGGCUCAAUCUUCACCUUCUUUUGCAGAGAAGUGUCUUGAUUUUCUAGUAGACAUGUUUAAUGAUGAGAUUGAAGAGGUAAGAUUGCAGUCGAUACACACGAUGAGAAAAAUCUCCAACAACAUAACGCUGCGAGAGGACCAGCUCGAUACCGUGCUAGCUGUCUUAGAGGAUUCCUCCCGAGACAUUCGGGAAGCACUUCAUGAACUACUGUGCUGCACCAAUGUCUCGACUAAAGAAGGCAUCCAUCUUGCACUGGUGGAGCUGCUGAAAAACCUAACCAAAUAUCCUACUGACAGAGAGUCCAUAUGGAAGUGCUUAAAGUUCCUGGGAUGCAGGCAUCCUACUCUGGUGCUUCCACUGGUCCCAGAGCUGCUGAGUACACAUCCGUUUUUUGACACCCCAGAACCUGACAUGGAUGACCCAGCCUAUAUUGCUGUUCUGGUUCUCAUUUUUAAUGCUGCUAAAACUUGCCCAACAAUGCCAGCAUUGUUCUCGGAUCAUACUUUCAGACACUAUGCCUAUCUUCGUGACAGUCUCUCUCAUCUUGUCCCUCCAUUGAGAUUGCCAGGUAGAAAACUAGUAUCCUCCCCUGUUUCCCCCAGUGUUACCCCUCAUGAAGAUCCUUCCCAGCAGUUCCUGCAGCAGAGUCUUGAGAGAGUUUACAACCUUCAGCACCUAGACCCACAGAGCACACAGGAGCUGCUUGAAUUCACCAUUCGUGAUCUUCAGAGGCUUGGAGAACUUCAGUCAGAACUGGCAGGGGUGGCAGACUUCUCCGCAACUUACCUUCGGUGUCAGCUGCUCCUCAUCAAGGCCCUUCAGGAAAAACUCUGGAAUGUGGCAGCUCCUCUCUACCUGAAACAGAAUGCUUUGGCAUCAGCUGCUGCAAAACAGAUUAUGGAAGAAACUUACAAAAUGGAGUUUAUGUACAGUGGCGUGGAAAAUAGACAAGUGGUCAUUAUUCACCACAUGAGACUGCAAGCGAAAGCAUUACAACUUAUAGUGACUGCACGUACUACUAGAGGAGUGGAACCCCUUUUUGGAAUGUGUGAAAAUUUUUUACAGGAAGUGGAUUCUUUUCAGAGAUGUUUUAUUUCUGAACUGCCCCAUAUGCAAGACAGCUUUGUGGAUAAGCUGCUGGAUUUAAUGCCCAGACUUGUGACCUCCAAGCCUUCAGAAGCGGUGAAGAUCCUGCAAACAACGCUACGCCAGAGCACCUUCCUUCACCUUCCUCUCCCAGAGCAGAUCCACAGAGCUACUGCAGCUAUUAUUGAACCUGCUGGCGAAUCUGAUAACCCUUUGAGGUUUACGUCAGGACUAGUGGUGGCAUUGGAUGUCGAUGCAACUCUGGAACACGUGCAAGACCCUCAGAGCACAGUUAAAGUUCAGGUAUUAUAUCCAGAUGGACAGGCACAGUUAAUCCACCCUAAACCAGCUGACUUUCGAAAUCCUGGUCCUGGAAGGCACAGAUUGAUAACUCAGGUUUACCUUUCUCAUACUGCCUGGACAGAGCCAUGUCAGAUUGAAGUGAGGUUACUACUGGCAUACAACUCCAGUAGGAGCAAGGCGUCCACUAGACUCUCAAAAUCCACCUGGAUUGACAGCAUGGAGGCUCUUCCACCAUCUGAAUGUGGCAUUGAGGGAACCAUAGCAUUCAGCAAACCUGUCAAAGUGUAUAUAAUGCCCAAACCUGCCAGACGGUGAAGUCAAUCACUAAUAGACUUUAUUUGCGGGAUUGUUGGGUUAUAUGUAAACAAAUUGCUAUGUUCAAGAUAGUGAAUCAGACCAAAACAGUGUUACCUUUUAAAUAAAUAAAAAAAAAAGGGUACAUCAGAAGAAGACAAAAUAACGAAUGGCAUCCCCUAUCAAAAAGCUGGUUGAUUUUUAUAAAAUGUACCAGAUUUUGCAGAUGGUUGUGAAUGGUUACAUUGAAUACACAAAUGGUUACAGUCAAUACACAGACAUUUCUAAAUCAAAGCAACAAAAACAAGACAAUUCCUAAUUAAGAUUGGCAUUCCCUCCAUUAAUAUUCUCACUGGGCCAAAUUUUGCAGUCCUUAGUUCCUACCUAGGCAAAACACCCAGUGGCUUCCAUGGGAGAUUUUUCCUGAGUGAGUGGUAGAUACAGCUGGCAAUAUUUAUUAUGCAAAUCUAUAGUAAAGAUGUAGAUGUGUAUUACAGUCUUAUGACAAUGAUAAAUCAGGCAGAGUUUUAGGAAUGUCUAGAAUGUGUAUUUGUGCAUUGGUCCUUGUAUGUCCAGUAAAAAUCCUUCUCUAAAGAGCUGUCAUCCUGGUGCAGGAGGUACUUAGUUAUAUAACUUGGGCUGGCUUAAACAUUGUGCACCGUAUUGAAGUUAGUGGCAUUGCAUGGAAUAUUAAUCCAUGCCACGUUUGGGGUGUUGUCUGUUUUUAAAACAAAAAAUCUGUCACCAACAAUGAGACUUUAUUUUGCAUACUUAGGUUGGUUACCUAACUUAGCAAUGCAACAGCCGUGUAAAAUCAGUGACUUACUUUCCUUUCCCUAACAUGACAGGGAGGCAAUAUAUAUUUACCCAGUGAACUUAAACUCUUCUUCUCAACUUUGUUUUGUGUCUCUCCGUAUGAAGAAUGUGUGCCAGUGGCCCAGGCUUCAGAGUUAAUAGCUGUUUUGUUCCAGUAUAAUGCAGACUGUUGCUGGAAUCUUGUGCUGAGCUUAUCCUGCUAUGGUUAGAUAACUAGCCUUUUAGUUUGUGCAACUCUGCAUCAGUGUUGAUAGUCAAAGGUGUUAUACGAAUAAAAUAAUAACCAGCAGGAUCUUAUUAAAGGGAAAAAGGCAAAAUGCCACAUUUAUUGUAAGUACAGAAAGAAUCAUAGUAAGCAGUUAGUUAUAGCUAUAACAUUCCAUUCAAUUUCAUAAUUAUUCUCACACACACAUACACACUCUGCAAGGUUGUUAUCAUAGUUACCAGCCUUAGAGUUGCUCAUGCCAAGCCACUGGCCAGGGGGCCUGGACAUGAGGAGGGAGCAGGGCCUUGUCUGAUGCUCCUGGAAGUUGGUUUGCAGAAUCAGACCCCAAAGUUCUCACUUUCUAGAGUCCAUUUUUAUAAGAAUUUCUUCCUAUGCCAGUCUAUGGGCAUUGCUUCAUCAUGCUGUUGCUGAAUCAAUCAGCAGAUGGCACAUUCCUGAUGGUGCCGUGCUGCUGAUGUUAUCUUGUUCUUUGGUUCUCCCAUUCUUGAGGCUGCUGGGUGGAUUCCAGUCUGCCCUCCGGGGGUCCUCUGGUUAUUUCCACUUGACGCCUUCUUCAGCCGAUGGACACUGGAUUCUUAGGCUGGUGCCUCCCUGAUCAUUCAGUUAUUAUCCACACCAAGCAUCCAUCUACAUACAUCCUCUAUCUCUAUUUUAAUCACAAUUGUAAACAAAGCAAGAUGAAUACAACAAAAGGACGGGGAGUCUCUGGGUGCUGUUUCUGUUGUUACAGAGUAUUGCUUUGAGUCUCUCUCUCUGUGUGAGUAGUUGUCGUUUCAAAGAAUUGCUUUGAGAACAGAUUUUGUCUUAGAAUGUACUAACACAAUUAGUAGCUUGCAAGUUUCACACAUAGAGGUAGAGAAACAGUACCAAAAACCAAGAGACCUCUUGAUUAGUAAUACCCUGGAAUUUAAACUAUGGGGAAUCAAACUCAUUUGUGAUUUUAAUACAGAACUUCUUUAAUAUGAUCCAACAAAGGAACUCUAAGAUCUGCUUUAGUAGCUGGUCAUAGUCAGUUAAGUGCUACUGAGCUACGUUGUGCCUAUCCUUUGAGCAGGUACGCAAGUGGUGGAAUCAAAGGCAUAAGGAGAUUUACCUAAGGGACAGGCACAGUUUGCAACCCUUCAGUCAAGGAGCAGGAGGAUUGUUAUUGGCUCGUGUCCACUGCCCCAUGCUCUGGGAGGUGCUAUACCUGCCUGAGAGAUGCUUCUGUUGGGAAGGUGUCUCUGCACCGCUCUGUAACACAGGGCUGUGCCUCCUGUGAUUUCCAGCUGUGUCGGAUAGGAGUUACUGGAAGCACUUAGCCCAGUAGCCAAAUGUUGCCUGUGUUCAUCAAUUAUUUGUAAAAAUGUGCAUUUGUAGCAAGUAAACUGAAUUGUUAAGAGAUGCUUUUUCACUUGCAUACAAAUUAACAUAAAUAAUUUUGCAUAAAAUACCCUUUAAGCGUGCUUUUCUACAAUAAAACUGAAAACCCCAACCUAGCCAGUUUCUAUUUAUUAUAAUAGUUAACAUGUAUUGUUGUAGGGGUUUGUGCUAAUGAUGAGAGGUCACUACUUGUUUAGACUAAGAUAUUGGCAUGCUUCAGGAGUUGAGGCACGAAGCCAAAUGCCUGUAACCACUCAGCUGUAUUAGGUAUUCCUGAAUUAAACCUCACUUCAUAACAUUAUUGCUCUUACAAAUUGUUUUUAUAUUUCACCUUUAGGGCCCUGGUUUGAAAACAGCCUGCGUCUGUAGCAACAGAGUUACCAGCUAACUGCUGUAUGGCGGCCUAAGUUCAGUUCCCAGCGGACAGGGUUUGAUGUACAUCUCUUAUUAUGAAGCUGUAUCCUGGGCAAAUUCUUGAUGUAUUGAGCUACCUCCUUAUGGAUGUUCUUACACUUGUUUUACACUUCGGCAAUAUUUGUAUAGUUUGUCAUCCCAAUAAAAAAUUUGGAUUCAA